CCGCCGGCCGCGGGACUCCACGCCCGGCCCCCGCGCCCGCCGCACGCGUGCUCUGUGCUCCUCCUCCCUCCGCCCGACGACUUUCAAUUCGUCACGCGAGUCGUGAGUCGAGCCGAGUUCGUUUCAUCAGUUCAGUCACUCCCGAGCCCUCGCAGUGAGAGCACGCGCGCCCGUGCCGUGCGCCCACACACACGUGCUUCUGUGACGAGCGAAUGUUGUGUUUACAAACUGUUCCGACGGCGACCGGUGCAGUGAUCGUUGUCGGUGACCGUCGCACGGGCAUGCGGUGAGCCGCCAUGCUGGCGGCGGCGCUGCUGGCGCUGCUGUGCGCGCGCUGGGGCGGCGCGGGGCAGCCGGCGCCCGCCGCGCUCGUGCCGCGGUGCUGCCCGCCCGAGCGCGAGCUGGCGCCCGACGCGCUGCGCGUGGACGUGCUGCGCGCCGAGGACGUGCCGGCGGCGUGCGUGCCCGCGUCGCGCGCCUGGGCGCCGCUGGUGUACGCGCCGGUGCGCUCGGCCUUCCUGGAGCGCGGGCGCGUGCCGGCGCACUGGCGCCUGCAGUACGAGCGCGUGCCGGCGUGCGCGGGCGGCGAGCUGCGCGUGCUGCGCGAGCACGCGGCGGCGUACGCGCUGCUGGCCAACAGCGGGCUGCUGCAGCUGCGCGGCGCGGCGCGCGGCCUGCCGCCGGAGCGCUGGUGCGCGGACGCGGGCGUGGCGCUGGCGUGCGCCGAGGACGCGGGCGGGCGCGGCGUGGCCAAGUGCUGCGCGCCGGGGCACGCGUUCGACGGCGCGCGCUGCGUGGCGGCGCCGGCGCGCGCGGAGGAGACGCUGCGGGAGCUGCGCGCGCGCGCCAACGACAGCGCGGUGGGCGCGGGCUGGCCGGCGUGCGCAGAGGGCUCGCAGUACGCGGUGGCGGGCGCGCUGGCGGCGGCGCGGCUGGAGGCGGGCGGCGCGCUGCGGCUGGGCGGCGCGCGGCUGGAGGCGGGCGCGUGGUGCGCCGAGGCGGUGGGCGCGGAGGCGGGCGCGCGUGUGCUGGCGUGCGCGGCGCGCGCGGCGGGCGCGGCGCCGGGCGGCGCGCGGCGGCUGCUGUACGGCGCGGGGCUGGCGCUGGGCGCGCUGUUCCUGGCGGCCACGCUGGCGGCGGGCUGCGCGCUGCCGGCGCAGCACCACGCGCUGCACUGGCGCUGCCAGACGCACUACGUGGCGGCGCUGAUGCUGGGCGACGCGCUGCUGGCGGGCACGCAGCUGGCGGGCGAGCGCGUGCCGCCGCCGCUGUGCCGCGCGCUGGCCGUGUGCAUGCACUUCCUGUUCCUGUCCGCCUUCUUCUGGCUCAACACCAUGUGCUUCAACAUCUGGUGGACGUUCCGGGACUUCCGGCCCACGUCGCUGGAGCGCGGGCAGGAGGCGUGCCGCCUGCGCGCCUACUCGCUGUACGCCUGGGGCGGGCCGCUGCUGGUGGCGGGCGCGGCGGCGCUGCUGGACCGCCUGCCGCCCGGCGCCGCGCCCGGCGUGCUGCGCCCGCGCUUCGCCGUGCAGCGCUGCUGGUUCUACGGCGACAUGGAGAUCCUGGCCUACUUCUUCGCGCCCGUGGGCGUGCUGCUGCUCGUCAACCUGGCGCUGUUCGCGUCCACGGCGCGCCAGCUCACGUGCGGCCUGUGGCGCCGCGACGAGGUGAAGAGCACGUCGGAGCGCGCCGCGCUGGGCCGCGUGUGCGCCAAGCUGGUGGUGGUCAUGGGCGUGACGUGGGGCGCCGACGUGGUGUCGUGGGCGGCCGGCGGGCCCGAGUACGUGUGGUACGCCACGGACCUGCUCAACGCGCUGCAGGGCGUGUUCAUCUUCCUGGUGGUGGGCUGCCAGCCGCACGCGUGGGCCGCGCUCAAGCGCGCCGCCGCCGCGCUGUGCGCGCGCGCGCCGCCCGCCGCCGGCCCGCUGCCCAGCGCCUCGUGCGGCGAGUCGCUGACGCACACGACGGCGGCGCCCGCGCCCGCGCCCGCCGCCGCGCCCGCGCGCGCGCCCGCCGAGACGGCGUGCUGAGCGCAGUGUCGGCGUCUGUACAUAGUAGGCUAAGCGUCGUGUAUGUAUGUAUCUGUAUCAUAUUGUGUACUCUGUGUUAAUUUAUAACGAAGUGCGAGGUGACUGAAGGACUGAUGGACUGAUGGACUGACGACGAACCGUCCCGGGGAACGACUCGUCCGAACAAUAAAACUGAUUGUGAAAAUAAUUA